AUGGUUUGGUUCCACCUGCUGCGCCGCGCUGAGCCGCUGGAUGACUGCGCCAAGCAAGGCAAGCGCCUGAGGAAGUGUCCAUCGGACACCCCCGUCCUCCGAGGAGACGAGGACGUCAUGGCCCAGUCAGCCCAGUCAGCCAGGCGGGACUCGACAGCGAUGACGGAGUCCUUGUUGAAGGCGGUCCAGCGCUUGGUGGAGCACCUCGGCUCCUGGCGGCCGCCGGACGCCGAGCGCGUGUUGGAGCAGCCGCUCCGGUGGACAACCUCUCUGGCGGCGUCGGAUUUCCAGGCGGGAUAUGACGUCAGCGGCUCUGCUGUUCAGUCCCAGGACCGGGACGGGGACGGCCGUCCUCUGCUGCAGCUCUCGCCCCCCACCGUGUCCGUCCUCAGCCUCAGUCAGCUCGCUGCGCUGCUGCAGCUGGCCGGGGACCGGAGUCUGGAGGAGCUUCGGACGUGUCUCGAGGAGAACAGAGACCUCAUGGUGAGGACUCUGGGCAGCAGCUUGGCGUCCGUCACUCAGCCAGAAGACGUCCAGCGUCUGCUAGAAGGAGUCAGAGAGGACAGGGCCCCGGACCCGGAGGCGAAGGUCAAACUGCUCCUCCUGCUGCACAGCCAGGACCGGCGGAUCGGCGGCGAGCUGAUGGAGGAAGUGUGUCGGGCGGCGGGGCUGGAUCCCUCCGCGGUGAAGAAGGAGGUGCAGCGGCUGCAGCGGCUCUGCGGCGACGGGGAGGACAGUCCGCUCAGGUCGCUGCGAUACACUUCAGAUGUGGAGUUUCCAAACGGCUGCCGCUCCCCGCCAUGGCGGCAGCUUCUCGGGGAGAUGUGUUAUCUGGUGAUUGAACCCUGCGACACUGACGUCCUCCACGUCACCUGCAGCAGCGAUGGUGUUUUUCUGAACGGGGGCAUCAGGCAGGAGCAGCAGGAGAGCGGCUACGAGCCGGCCGGCGCCACGUUCACAGACAUAGUGACGCUCCUGAAGAGCAAGUCUCCACGCUUCGCUGAGAGCAUGAAGAAUCAGCAGCACGCCGCCGCCGUGGAGGAGCGUCCACAGGCGAGCCAGCAUGUGGAAUCGGUUUCUGGAGAGGAACCGGGCCAACCCCAGAGGUCUGAGCAGCAACAGGUAAAGAAUGUGCGUCAGAUCGCGAGACGACAACACGAGCCGAACAAGGCGGGCGGCGAGAAGAAAUACGACCCGUGUCCGAGGUGGAGGAAUCUGGGUCUCCUGUCUGCAGCCGGAAACACAGGGGGAAAGAAAGCCGGCCGGAGCCUGAAGGAGGAGGAGAAGAAGGGGAAAGCCGGAGCCAGAGGCAAGAUGAAGGCAGACGUCUCCGUGUCCUCGCUACCCGGACGUCUUUCCUCCCAGAAGAUUAAAUCCUCAGCUGCAGCGACGUCGGUGGAACUUUUCAGCUCCAGCGAGAGCGAGAGCGACGAGGAAGCGGAUCCGUCCGAGCGCCGGCCGGAGAGCAGCACCGACCUGCCUCCAGAGUACUGGCAGAUCCAGAAACUGGUCAAGUUCCUCAAGGGAGGCGACCAGACGGUCACUGUGCUGUCUCUCUGCCACAUGAUGGACCUCAGUCUGAUGCAGGAGACGUGCCAGCUGGCCAUCCGGGACCUCGGUGGCCUCGAAGUCCUCGUCAACCUCCUCAACACAAACGUCAUCAAGUGCAAGAUCGGCUCUCUCAAAAUCCUGAGAAAGAUCAGCCACAAUGAGCAAAUCCGCCGGAGCAUCGUCGACAUGGGAGGCCUGCAGAGCAUCGUGGAGUUCCUGGACUCACCCGAUAAAGACCUGAAGGCCCUGGCUGCCGAGACCAUCGCCAACGUGGCCAGGUUCAGCAGAGCUCGGAGAACUGUGCGGCAGAACGGAGGCAUCGAGAAGCUGGUGAAGCUGCUGGACUGCGUUCCCCAUUCAGACCAGGAGCAGGAUGUGGAGGCGGCCCGCUGCGGAGCUCUGGCCCUGUGGAGCUGCAGCAAGAGCACCAAGAACAAGGAGGCCAUCCGGAGAGCCGGUGGCAUCCCUCUGCUGGGACGCCUGCUCCAGUCUCCACUGGAGAACAUGCUGAUCCCCGUGGUGGGAACCCUGCAGGAGUGCGCCUCGGAGGAAAGCUACAGACUCGCCAUCCAGACUGAAGGGAUGAUCCAGGAUUUAGUCAGAAACCUGAGCAGAGACAACCAGGAGCUGCAGAUGCACUGUGCCAGCGCCAUCUUCAAGUGCGCAGAGGACAAGAAAACACGUGACGUGGUGCGACAACACAACGGCCUGCAGCCUCUGGUGGCGUUGCUGAAAGAAAAUAACAACAAGGAGCUUCUGGCCGCCGCCGCCGGAGCCGUUUGGAAAUGUUCCAUCAGCACGGAGAAUGUGGUCAAGUUUCAGGAGUUCAUGUCUGUGGAGACGCUGGUGGGCCUGCUGAGCGACCAGCCUGAAGCCGUGCUGGUGAACGUGGCCGGAGCUCUGGGAGAGUUCCUCCGUUUACCUGAGAACAGAGCCCACAUCCGCCGGUGUGGAGGCAUCAGGCGGCUGGUUGACCUGCUCUCCAGAACCAACCAGAUGCUGCUUGUGAACGUCACCAAGGCGAUCGGAGCGUGCGCAACGGACAAAGAAAACAUGGCAAUCAUCGACCAGCUUGACGGAGUCCGCCUGGUGUGGUCGCUGCUGAAAAACCCCAGCGCAGAUGUGGAGUCCAGCGCCGCGUGGGCUCUCUGUCCAUGCAUCCAGAACGCAAAGGACUCGGGGGAGAUGGUGCGCUCCUUCGUCGGCGGAUUGGAAGUGAUUGUUAAUUUGCUGAAGUCAACAAACAAAGAGGUCUUGGCGAGCAUCUGCAGCGUCAUCACUAAAAUAGCCAAAGACGAGGAGAACCUGGCAGUCCUCACCGACCACGGGGUCGUCCCGCUGCUGGCCAGGCUGACUGCAACAACGGACGACGGGCUGCGCGGGCCGCUCGCCGAGGCCAUCGGCCACUGCUGCCGCUGGAGCAGCAACAGGGCGGACUUCGGCGAGGCCGGAGCCGUGGCCCCGCUGGUGCACUUCCUCAGGUCCAAGGACAGCGCCGUCCGGCGGAGCACGGCCAUGGCCCUGCACCAGCUCUCCAAGGACCCACUGAACAUCAUCACCAUGCAUGAGAAAGGAGUGGUCAAGCCGCUGAUCGUCAUCAUGGCGUCCGAGGACGAGGAGCUCCAGGAGGCGGCGGCCGGAUGCGUCAGGAACAUCCGGAUGCUGGCGCUGGCCAACAUGAAGAGCCGAUCGCUUUAG